UUAAUUGGAGUAGGCUUGGAGGUGGGAGGCGAGGAAGCCACAGGCGUUGCAGUGAUCUCUGCUGGCUACUGAAUUUACUGACUUAAGGCCAUUGCCUUAAAUGCAUGUGUGCACCCUACUCUACUCAGACUUCCCACUUCUUUUGUUAACAACCCCAUCCACGCUUCCUUCCCCUCUCUCUCUCUGAUUUCAGGCUCCGUUUUGUAACUCCUUGUCUUGAUCUUUAUGUCAUCGCCCAAACGUUUCGUUUCUCAGUCCCCUUUCGGUUCCGAUCGGGUCCUGCAUUGCUCGAACCACCUCAAAUCGGAGCCUUUCAUUUCUAGAACCCGCUUUUGGAGUUGAUCCCUACUUGUUUUUGUGACUCCGUGAUUGACGAUGGCAUGUUGUGGGUCUCUCUGAAUGUUCUUGAGUGCUCGACAUGAAUCCACUGUGCUGCAUUGCUCCGGUUUCGAUCGAUCGGGAUCGGGCCAACCCAGCCGUAGCCAAAUCCCCCGGUCAGUGCCACUUGGGGCUUGAUGCGUCAAUAAAAUCUGUGAACUAUCACAAACCGGGUCUCUCGGCUCGGGUAUCGUCGACCGGAAUCGAUUCUGACAAAGUUUCGGCCGCGAACCAGGAUGUCGAAGAUGCCGUCGUCGAAUCCAUCGAUUCGAAAGUGUAUGGGGGCUUCGGUGGCAGUGUUGCCGGGAUUCUGUACAAGUGGGUGAACUACGGCAGGGGGUGGAAGUCGAGGUGGUUCGUGCUCGAAGACGGGGUGCUCUCGUACUACAAGAUUCACGGCCCCGACAAGAUUCUAAUGAGCCCUGCGAGAGAGCAAGGCGGUAGGGUGAUCGGCGAGGACUCUCUGAGGUAUAUGAGGAAGGCUAAUUGGAGUAGCAACCGGCUCGGCGUGUCGAACAAGCAGUGCAAGCCUUUUGGCGAAGUUCAUUUGAAGGUUUCUUCAAUCCGUGCUAGCAAAUCAGACGAUAAAAGGCUUUCCAUAUUUACUGGAACAAAAACUCUUCACCUGCGCUCUGUAUCUAAGGAGGACAGAUUUGCAUGGAUUGAGGCACUGCUGGCUGCUAAAGAUCUAUUCCCUAGAACGUUGGCUAGCAAUGAUUUUGCAUCUACUGAAGAUAUAGUUGUUUCAACAGAGAAGCUCCGAAUACGAUUAUUGCAGGAAGGCAUUGGUGAGGCCGUCAUCAAAGAUUGCGAAUCAAUCAUGCUCUUAGAACUCUCGGAGUUGCAAAACCAACUGAAGGCUCUUCAAUAUAAACAUGUUAUGUUGCUAGACUCAUUGAGACAACUGGAGACAGAUAAAAUAGAGCUGGAAACUACUGUAGUGGAUGAAACAAAGGAACGCGAGUCAUGUUGUUUGCAAGGGAAUAGAAGAUUUAGUGAUUUCUAUUCUGUCAUGUCAGAGGGUAGUGCAACUGACUCAUGUGCUGAUAAUGAGAGUAACGAUGGAGUAGAUGUUGAAACAGAUGAAGAUGAUGGAACGUAUUUUGAUACAAAUGAUUUUUUAUCUGCAGACGCUUUAAGAAGUGCUUCAUAUAGGAGUAGGGAAGCUCUGGGAAAUGCUUUUAUAUACGGUAGAGAUUCUUUUUCUUCUGAUCACUUGCAUGGAGUUGAGAAAGAGAUCAGGCUAGUUGAAUAUCCUUAUGUCAAAAGAAGAGAAAAUUUGCCCGAACCCAAGGAGAAAGAGAAGCCUGUUGGCUUGUGGUCAAUUAUUAAGGACAAUAUUGGAAAGGACCUCUCUGGAGUUUGUCUUCCUGUUUAUUUUAAUGAGCCACUGUCUUCUUUGCAAAAGUGCUUUGAAGAUUUGGAGUAUUCUUAUUUGGUUGAUCAAGCUCUGGAAUGGGGAAAGCAGGGGAAUGAGUUGUUGAGAAUUUUAAAAAUUGCAGCUUUUGCUGUAUCUGGUUAUUCAUCAACGGAAGGUCGGCAGUGCAAACCUUUCAAUCCUCUCCUUGGGGAGACAUAUGAGGCUGACUACCCAGAUAAAGGGCUUCGUUUUUUCUCUGAGAAAGUGAGUCACCACCCAAUGAUUGUCGCAUGUCACUGUGAAGGAAAAGGAUGGAAAUUCUGGGCUGAUUCCAAUCUCAAAGGCAAGUUUUGGGGGCGUUCUAUUCAGCUUGAUCCUGUAGGUGUCCUUACUCUCCAGUUUGAGGAUGGUGAGACGUUCCAGUGGAGCAAGGUUACAACUUCUAUAUAUAAUAUCAUACUUGGUAAAAUCUAUUGUGACCAUUAUGGAACCAUGCGCAUUAAGGGCAGUGGCAACUACUCCUGCAAGCUAAAGUUCAAGGAGCAGUCUAUCAUUGACCGAAAUCCACAUCAGGUCCAUGGAUUUGUUCAAGACAAUAGAACUGGAGAGAAGGUAGCUAUGUUGGUUGGGAAGUGGGAUGAGGCCAUGUACUAUGUGCUGGGAGAUCCAACUACAAAGCCUAAGGGUUAUGACCCAAUGACAGAAGCUGUAUUGCUGUGGGAAAGAGAUAAAUAUGUUACGAAGACAAGAUACAAUCUCUCUCCUUUUGCAAUAUCCUUAAAUGAACUGACAACUGGCUUAUUAGAGAGAUUGCCUCCGACUGACUCGAGGCUGAGGCCAGAUCAAAGGCAUCUAGAGAAUGGAGAAUAUGAAUUGGCAAAUGCAGAGAAACUAAGACUUGAACAGUUACAGAGACAGGCAAGGAAGUUGCAGGAGAGAGGGUGGCAGCCAAGAUGGUUUCAGAAGGAUGAGGAUGGUUGCUACUGUUAUAAGGGUGGAUACUGGGAAGCAAGAGAAAAGAAGAACUGGGAUGGGAUUUAUGAUAUAUUUGGACAGAGUGGUGAUUUGCCUUCUUGCUCAGGAGAAGGGCCCAACUUGCUCUAAAUUAUUUUAGUUCCCAACUUACGCUCCCUUAUUUUCUCAUCUUCCGCCUUUUCCUUGUACUGAAUGUGAGUAAAAUUGUGGGUGCUGUCAAGUAAAAGAGUUUCUCCAAGUGUAAUAAUUUAAGGUUGUUUGCGCUCUACUACACCCAUUUUGUUGAUUCAGAAUUUAUGAUGGUGCACUCUUCCCUGCA